AAGUAGGCAAAGAUGCACAAGCAGAGAUAACCUUAGGUAUUAAAGCACCUCUGUAAGGCUACAGGCUGACCGUCUCCUUGGCAUGCUGCAUUGAUGCCAGUAAUAAAAGGAAUGCAUUUGCUGUACACUACAUGAACAUAGGCCAACAUUUACAAAUUAGGAAGCCUUUUUUAUUGGUCUUUUGUAAUGUCUUAAUUUUCAGAGAAAAAUUAAUUUUGGAUCCUCAUUUGCUGUAAGCUACAUGCAUAAAAUCUAAAAAACAUUAGCAAAUACACGAGCCUGUGUGUGUUUUAUGUAUACAGUUGGUUUGAUCUCUAUCUUGGGUGGUAGUUUAUCUUUCUGUGCUUUUAUUGUGCAGGAAAGAAUCUUUAGAUAUUUAAGGGAAAAUUGUUAGAUUUUUAAAAAGAAAAAGAUAAAUAUUUAUCCUCAAUGAGCCUUCAUGUGCCCAGCCUUUGCAUAACGAGCGAGGUAAAUCCUCUGCGUUUCACUGAUAGCAGUGUCAUGACAAUCCCCCAUCAGCUUAUUGCGUCCAAUCAGAAAUCAGAUCCAGGGUCCCUCCCUGACUCCUAGGUGAGCUAAAUAGUCACACUUCAGCAGAUUUCUGUCAGUCUGUUUCUGAAAUCCUCCCAGAGUUUUUUUAUUUAUUUUUUUAUUUUUAUUUGAGUCACUUUAAAAUCCAGAUGGUUUUCAGAUCUCCGCUUGAUUUUUUAUCAGCCUCCCGCCUCCUCCUGCCCCACUUUGCCGAUGGGCCCCUUCACCUACCUCUCUCUCGGUCCCCAGAGGACCCCCCGGCGGCCGCCCCUCCAUUAACUCUCCCGGGACUCUGCUUCUCCGCCUCGCAGAUCGCCAGCGUGUGCGAAACAUUGGAAGAGACCGGGGAUAUCGAGCGGCUGGCCCGCUUCCUCUGGUCACUGCCGGUCACCGCUGACGGCCGGGACUCCAUCUCGGAGCACGAGUCCGUGCGGCGAGCACGCGCCGUGGUGGCCUUCCACACGGGGAGCUUCCGCGAGCUGUACCGCAUUCUGGAGACGCACCGUUUUACGCGCACCUCGCACGGGAAGCUGCAGGCCAUGUGGCUGGAGGCUCAUUAUCGAGAGGCGGAGAAGCUCCGGGGGAGGCCGCUGGGACCCGUGGACAAGUACCGUGUCAGGAAGAAGUUCCCGUUACCGAGAACCAUCUGGGACGGAGAGCAGAAGACGCAUUGCUUUAAGGAGCGCACCCGGGGGCUGCUGAGAGAGUGGUACCUGCAAGACCCCUACCCUAACCCGGGGAAGAAACGUGAGCUGGCGCAUGCCACUGGGCUGACACCGACCCAGGUUGGGAACUGGUUCAAAAAUAGGAGACAGAGGGAUCGUGCGGCGGCGGCUAAAAACAGGUUGCAGCACCACCGCGUCUGCACAGAUGGUUCACGUCCACUGAGCAGAGCACACUGCAGUCUAGACGGGAGUGCAGAGCGGGCAGAUGGAGAAACUUUCCUCUCAGUGACGGACAGUGACUCAGACCUGGAUGUCUGACACUGUUUUCUGAUUGAUUGUUCUUUCCAAGGAAAAUAGCUUAUGACUUUUGACCACCUUGUUGUUUUUUCCAACCACAUCCAGUGAUAAUGAUUGAUCAUCUGACAAUUCAAAUUAAAGCAGCAAUGUGCAGAAAACCCCUGCUGGACCCCAUUUGGAGCUGGAUCUUUUUGGGCUGAAACCUGCUGGGGAGCCAAUCUCUCAUUUUGUGUCAUUUCCUGAAUGAAACUAGUUUUUAGAGACAGACUGGACCACACUGAAUGGACUGCUGUAGGCAAUCAACCAUCAAUAACAAAAUCCUACCUCCUUGUCUGCUUGUUUGUACUUUGUUCAUAAACUUGGUUUUCCUCUUUGCCUUUAGCUCAGCUCUAUUUAAGGUGCUCAGUGUAGUUUGUGUGAAGUUCUGCCAGAGCCUACUCCAUGUUCAAUUUGAUGCUGACAAAAUGUUUUUGAUAUUUUAUAUAAAUAAAAUUAUUUAAUUUAAAA